CCCGUGCCCCGCCCCCCGCCGAUCCCCGCCGGCCAGCGGAGGGGCUACAGCCGGGACGCCACCGCCGCCCCCUCGCAGUAUCUGCAACGCAGCCUCGUCCCCACGAUGCAUUACCAGAAGAGCCUGCCCCGUUUGCCCAUUCCAAAACUUGAAGACACAAUUAGAAGAUAUUUGAAUGCUCAAAAGCCCCUUUUAAAUGAUGACCAGUUCAGGAAUACUGAACAGCUUGCCAUCAAUUUUAGAAAUGGAAUUGGUAGAGAAUUACAUGAAGAACUAGUUUCGAAAGACAAACAAAACAAGCAUACAAGUUAUAUUUCAGGGCCCUGGUUUGACAUGUACCUCAGGGCUCGUGAGCCAGUUGUUUUAAACUUCAAUCCGUUCAUGGUUUUCAACCCUGACCCCAAAAUGGAAUAUAACGACCAGCUCAUAAGAGCGACUAAUAUGACUGUUUCUGCUUUGCGUUUCUUGAAGACUCUGAGGGCUGGCAUUUUGGAGCCAGAGGUUUUUCACCUCAACCCAGCCAAAAGUGACACUCAGGUCUUCAAAAGAUUUGUUCGCUUUGUCCCUUCUUCUCUCUCAUGGUAUUGUGCCUAUAUGAUGAACGCCUACCCACUAGAUAUGUCACAGUACUUCAGGCUUUUCAAUUCCACUCGACUGCCUAAGCUUAACAAGGAUGAACUGUUUACAGAUGAAAGUGGGAGGCACUUAUUGGUCAUUAGAAAUGGAAAUUUGUACAUAUUUGAUGUGAUAGACAAAGAUGGGAAUAUAGUGAAACCUUCAGAAAUUCAAGCACACCUAAAAUUCAUCCUUUCCGACAACAGUCCGGCUCCAGCAUUCCCUAUUGCUUGUCUGACUAGCGAAGAUCGAGAUACAUGGGCGAUACUGAGGCAGGAGCUACUUGACAAUGGCAAUAAGGACACCUUAAGAAAGGUGGAUUCAGCAAUAUUCUGUUUAUGCCUUGAUGACUUUCCCAUCAAAGACCUCACCCACUUGUCCCAGACCAUGCUCCACAGUGAUGGCAUCAACAGGUGGUAUGACAAAUCAUUUAACUUAAUUUUAACCCAAGAUGGCACUGCAGCAAUUCACUUCGAACACUCCUGGGGAGACGGGGUAGCUGUUCUGAGAUUCCAAAAUGAAGUAUUCAAAGACAGCAUCGAAUCACCUGCAAUCACACCCCGGUCUCAGCCUGCCGCGGUGGAUUCUGCCACAUCUGUACAGAAACUGAGCUUCCACCUGAACGAUGCCUUAAAAGAAGGAAUUACUAAAGCCAAACAAAAAUUUGAUGCUACUGUGAAAACUCUCACUCUGGAGGCCCAUCAUUUUGGAAGAGGAGGGAAGGAGCUGUUAAAGAAGCAGAAGGUCAGCCCUGACGCCAUCGCUCAGCUGGCCUUCCAGAUGGCAUUUCUGCAGCAAUAUGGCCAAACAGUUGCCAGCUAUGAAUCUUGCAGCACAGCAGCAUUCAGACAUGGUCGCACGGAAACCAUCCGCCCUGCCUCAGUUUAUACAAAGGCAUGUUCAGAGGCUUUUGUCAGGAAGGCGUCCAAGCACAGCAAAGCAGAGCUGCAACAGAUGAUCGCAGAAUGUUCCAAGUAUCACGGCCAGCUCACAAAAGAAGCUGCUAUGGGUCAGGGAUUUGAUCGCCAUUUGUUCGGCUUGCAGUGUCUGGCAGACCUCAGAGGAACUCCUUUGCCAGACUUUUACCAGGAUCAAGCAUAUGCGCAAAUUAAUCACAACAUUAUUUCCACAAGCACUCUGAGCAGCCCAGCUGUGCAGAUGGGUGGAUUUGGCCCAGUGGUACCUGACGGUUUUGGUAUAGCCUAUGCAGUGCACGAUAACUGGAUUGGACUAAAUGUGUCUAGCUACCCAGCUAGGGAUGUGCACGGAUUUAUCCAAUGUGCGCACAAGUCACUGGAAGAUAUUUUUAACGUUUUGGAAGACAAACAAGUUAGCCACUGAAGCACAAUAGGGCUUGUCAUCUUAAACACACAGUACUACAAGAUCGUGUCAGAAAAGAUUUUAACAUCCUGGCUGGAAUUUCAGGAUAGCACCUGCUACCUUAUAAUUCCCUUGAAACAUAUGCCAGAUGGGUGGGGGUGGGGAUUGGAAUAAUUAAUUUAAUUGUAAAAAUUGGAUCUAGACAUAUUUGGGUCUAAAACAAGAUCCAAUGAAAUCAAUUAGGUUACUCAUGAUUAAUUGCUGCCUUUGAUUUCUGUGAGUCUACUCUCAGCAUGAAUACAAUUCUAAUAUUAUUGAUUGUAAAUUAAUGUUGCCUUAUACUAAUACCCAUCAUGAAAACCACACUGUCACAAUCUUACGUUUCUAGGCUUGGUGACAUGUUGCACAGCAUUCUGUCUUUCUCAGUACCUACUGUAGAUCUGUUAAUGUUGAAAUAAUGUUGAAAUAUAUGCAAAAUUGCAAGGCAAAUGUGUAGAAAGGGCACUGUCAUUGUUCAGAUGCAUAUUUGAAACAUCCUUGAACAAGCGUUUUCAUCAGAAUACACUUCAGUAAUGGAGCUUUAAAAAAAAA